AUUGGUCUUCUUGAAUGUCCUAGAAAGAGGGAGAUAAUAAGAGAUUUCAUGCUUGAAGCACCAUUUGAAGAGGAAGAUCUUGAGAUCACAGAUGAUGAUUUGUUAAAAGUGGAUAGUGAAGGGCGUUGUAUUAUCACUGAUCAUGGUCAUUUUGUACUUUUUAAUAUAUACGGACCACGAGCUGAAGAUGAUGAUGAGGAGAGAUGCCGCUUUAAGUUCAUUUUCUUCAAGAUCUUACAGUUUGUACUCACAUGAAUUAAAAGCAGGAGAGGCUGAUAUAUCUUACAGAGUCAAUAUUCUGUACAGUUGGAAAAUUGAAUCUUGUGAAACAUUCCUUUUAAGCAAGGUUAAUGAGAAAGGCAGUUGUCUCAUGAGAAGAUGGGAAUUUCUCCUGUACCAGGGGAAGAGAGUUUUUGUUGUGGGAGAUCUUAAUAUUGCUCCUGCUGCCAUAGAUAGGUGUGAUGCAAGUCCAGAUUUUGAAAAGAACAUGUUCCGAAAAUGGCUGCGAUCUUUGCUUAGAGAAUGUGGAGGUCCCUUUUUUGAUGUUUUUCGGUCAAAAAACCCCGGAAGAAAAGAAGCAUAUACUUGCUUCUCACCACGUGUUGGAGCUGAGGAAUUCAACUAUGGUUCUCGGAUUGACCAUAUUCUUAUUGCUGGACCAUGCUUGCAUCAGCAGCAUGAUACUGAAGAUCAUUACUUCUUAUAUUGCCAUGUUGAAGCAUGUGACAUCAUGAGUCAGUUUAGAAGGGGAAAUUCUGGGAAUGCACCCAAGUGGAGAGGAGGGAGAAAAAUCAAAUUGGAAGGUUCGGAUCAUGUUCCUGUUUACGUCAUAUUAAGAGAUGUACCCGAUCUUCCCACACACAGCACUCCAUCCAUAGCUGUUAGAUAUAUUCCUGAAGUUCGUGGUUGGCAACAGAGUAUCGUCUCCUUCCUGGUUAAAGGGCAAGUUUCACAUCAUCGCUUGCAAAAUAACUUGUUGAGUGACAGCAAUGCAAGAGAAACUUAUGAUGAAUGUGAAAUUUCAAGCCAAGAUUGUAGCAAAAUAGAGCAGGAUAUCAUUGCCAAUGCAUCUCAACAUUCUUCAGACCAGUGCUUUUCCAAUUUAAAUUCAGGACAGAAACCUAAUCCAAGUCUAAAUGAGGAUUCCGGUCUCACUUUUUCUCAGAAGAAAACUGAGAACCUAAAAUAUCUGUCUUCUGAUUGCACCAGAGGAGUGAAGAAAAUGACAAGAAACAAUACAUGUUCUCAACUUACCUUGAAGUAUUUUUUUAAACAACCCAAGAUUGUUAUGACUGCUGAUGAGGAGACUCUGAAGCAUGAUUUGACAUUUCCUAAAGCUGAUCCUGGGGAAAUCAGAGAGGAGACAUCUCAAUCAACAGAACAGUCGGAUUUAAAGAACGAAUAUGCAAAUCACUCUUGUGAAAUUAGUGGGACCAGCAUAGACAUACAUGAUGAUAAGAGGGUUUCAGAACCAUGCUUUCCUGUUAAAAGGGAGAGUGAUAAUUUUGCAGUUCAAGAGUGGCAAAGGAUUCAGCAGAAGAUGAAGAUGACUAUACCAAUUUGCAAGGGUCAUGGUGAACCUUGUGUUUCAAGGUCUGUGAAAAGAGAAGGCCCAAAUAGAGGUCGUCUCUUCUAUGUCUGUGCUCGUGCUCAGGGACCUGCAUCUAAUCCCGAAGCGAACUGUGGUCACUUCCAGUGGGGUUCUGCGAAAUCUAAAGAUAAACACAAGUGAAUUUGCUUCCAUCACUUUCAUGGAAAUCUGAAACUACUGCAGGACAUGGUGACUUCGUUGCUUGUGCUCGUGUUAUAUAUUAUUGAAUUUCAAAUUCUAUUAUUACUUUCUACUAGGAUACCUUGUUAUCCCUUUUCUUGCACUGUCAGUUAAGUGUUGACAUGCUCAUCCUCAAUUCAGAAAAGCCUGAUUUGUUGACAGAGUUGACUGAAGUAACCAAUUUGCUGCAACAGUUUCACAGCCAUGUAUUUGUAGAACAAGGAUUCUUGGCUUGAUAGUUGCUGGUGGCUAUCCCGCAGCCAUCACAGGACUAACUCAGCUUUAUUCAGUAUUUUUCUCAUACAGAGCAAAUAGAAACAUACUUUUGACUUGAUAGCAUUAAAUCACUAAGGCAGUGGAAUGGAAAUGCUGCUGGAAAUUAUCAGGUAAUCCAUGCUGCUAAUUCUCAAGUUGAGCAUGGAGGAAGAUAAAUGUAUCAUGAUCUUGAGCUUCUUCUUGUAUCUGCACUUGACAAACUUUCCAUUUCAUUGGCAAAGAAUGUAAUAUAGCGCUUGCGCUCUUAUUUUGGGAUUUGUAGAUUUCAUCCUUGCAAUAGUAGUUAUUUACAAAUAAAAUUCCCUUCAAUCAUUUGUUUGUAGUAAAUAGUUUUAUUUUGGGAUUUGUA